AUGGUGGUAAAAUCGAGGUAUGGAAGGCGGUUCAGGACUAAAAGGAGGAAGAAGAAAGCAGUGGUUGGAAUUUUUGCCUUUGAAGUUGCAAAAGUGAUGUCUAAGCUGGUCCAUCUACGGGAAUCCCUGAGUCCUAAACAAGUUGAUAGGCUCAGGAAAUUUAUCUCAGAUUCUAUGGGGUUGAAAAAGCUUGUGUUACAUGAUGAUGAUUUCAUUCGAGGUUUAAUACCAGGUGAAUUGUUUGAGAAAAUGAUCCCUUUAACAAAAUUUGUGGCCUGGCUUGGGAAGAAUCAUUGUUCUGAUGAUCCAAGUUUGAAAGAUUUUGAGCAUGCUGUUACUGAUUGGAUCAACAAUGGUGUUGACCCUUUUGUAUGGGAACUUCCAUGGGAGGAGAUGGAAAAGGAAGCCAAAAAGAUGAAGAGGUUCGUUAAAAUAAAUGCAGUUUUGUAUGACGGGAUGAAACAUCUUUCGGAUCUUGAACAUACUUUGAAAGACAUCACUGCCACCUUGGAUGGUCCAAUUUUGCUUGAUUUUCAGAACAAGUUAGAGCUGAAGCGGCUCGAGGUGGAGAAUUUGAAAGAGGGGUCUUUGUGGAACAUGACUUUCAAUUACAUAGGUAUCCUUUUGGCAAGAUCUGUCUGCACAAUUAUCAGUCGUAUCAAGUCUGUUUAUGGAGUUCCUCAUCAAAUCAUGGCAGAUGCAGAUCACACUAGUACUCCUAGUCCAUCAAUUUUCAGCAAGUACAAGCUGUUGGAUGCUCCACCCGACACACUCAGUGCUGCUGCACUGCACUAUGCAAAUAUUGUCAUCCAAGUUGAACGUGCAGUAAGAUGUUCUUUCGCUGGCAGAAGUGACCUGUACAGUAUGUUGCCUGCAAAUAUGAGAGAUGAGAUAAAUGAAAGGCUGCCCUCCAUCAGGAGCUUGACUUUAUCAGUUAUAGAUCUUGCAGCAGAGCGGAAGGUGGCAAGUGAUGAAAUAUUAGAAUGGUUAGUACCACUUGCUCAUAAUACGAAGAAAUGGCACUCCAAGAGAAACUUUCAACUGAAAGCCUAUGUUUCCAGGAGCCAUGUGCUUCUGGUAGAAACCCUCUACUUUGCAAAUCAACAGAAGACAGAAGCAACAAUUAUGGAACUUAUUGUUGGUAUGCAGUACAGCUGGGAAGCUGGGCUAGAAGCUCUACGAGAGAAGGACCGUCUCAGGCGUGCUCUAAAGGCAGCCUCCCUGGAAGACCAAGACAAAGGCAAGUCAUCCAUUGUUCUCUAG